AUGCUCAUUUAUCAUUCUGCUACCUCCAAUUAUCGGCCGCUUCUUGGCAUGAGUGAAAUCAAAGCUGCGAAUACUUUGAAAGACCUUCCUGCACAGCUGGAUCAGGAGGGCUGGUACGUAGGCCUACUGCCAGAGACUCAGUCUGAGGUAAGUCCACCUGCUUUGUCCCUAACAACAUUACGGCAGGAGCUCCUGAAGCAGAAAGGCGAUUUUGUGGUACGACUGUCGGAGACUAAGAAGGGAAACAAUUUCAAGCUGGUAGUCAAAACGGGCAAGAAAUUGUACCACUUGCCAAUAAAUAUCGAGAACAACUUGUGGUUAUUGGCAUCAAAAAAGAAGAAUCAGUUCAAGACAAUUACGGAGCUCAUCGAGUUCUUCAAAAAGAAUGACUUGCCUGUUGACGAUGAAAUGGGAGUUAGAUUGGUCAAUCCGGUACAGAAACCGAGAUUCCUUUUGAAGCGAAAAGAUAUCAAAUUUGACAAAAAGCUGUUAGGUAAGGCCUGCAGUAGACUUGGCUGCCGGGCCGGGCCAAAGCAAAAUUGAAACGGGCCGGGCCGGGCCGACCUGUUCCGGCCCGCGGGCCGGGCCGCAAUUUUCGGCCCGGGCCGGCCCGGCAAAAUUAAAGUUUUGAAUUUCAAAGCGAAAAGUUGGGUUGCCAAUAAAAUUAAAACGCAAAGCCAAGAAUGGGGUCUAUUUUUCAUACAGUAAGUAUAAUUUUAUAAAAAUAAAGCAGGGAAGUAUUCAAAAAUCAUUAAUAAUAAGUAAUUUUACUAGUAAGAUCUAUUAAGAAGUAAAGUGUAUCAGUGUUUGUAGUAAUCGUUUGAGCAACUACCCAAAAUAAACGUAAUCGACAUCUUUCUAAACACAAUUAGUAAGUCGUCUGAAGUAACACUAUCAUCUGAAAGUUGGAAAUCUGACGAAAAAUUUGAUAAAAUAGGUUCCACCUUUACUGAAUCUAUAAAAUUCAUCUUGGGGCAAUUUUUAAUAGUCUGAAAAAGUACCUCGGUAAUUUUUGAUUAAUUUUAACAAGGCAAUGCGAUGGUUGGUAAUUUUUUGCUUUAAAAAUUGAUUGUUAGUUGCUUGAAUAAAGAAAAAUAUGUCUUUUCUAAUAACGUAGGAAGGUUUUUUACUUUUCCUUAAUUUUCGGGCCGGCCCGGGCCGGCCCGGGCCGCGGGCUGGGCCGGGCCGGGCCGAAGAAAAAUUGAAACGGGCCGGGCCGACCUCUUCCGGCCCGCGGGCCGGGCCGCGAUUUUCGGCCCGGGCCGGCCCGAGAGCCAUGUCUAGCCUGCAGUAACCUUUAUUUUUCGAUUACUGUAACUUUCUGAAUGAUUUCUGACCCGCUGGUUACAGGGAGCGGAAACUUUUGCGACAUCCAUAAGGGACUUUACAGAGAGAAGAGAGUUUGCGCAGUCAAGAUAUGCCACACUAUCAACAGCAAGUAAUUUAAAUUGAUGAUUAAAAUUUAAUUUAGCUGCCGAUGAAGCCCCAAUCCAAGUCGGGGAAGCCAACAACAUGAUUGCAGAGGCCAAGUUGAUGAGAUCGAUCAACCAUCCGAACAUUGUGAAGGUAAAUUUGAAAGUGUUUUUGUCGUUUUAUGAUAUACAUAUUGCGUUUAACAUUUAACAUUUUAGUUUUACGGGAUUUGUUGCGACCAAACGCCUGUCAUGAUUGUGAUGGAAUUGUGUCCUGGAGGCUCUUUAUUGAGGCAUUUGACAAGAGAAGGCGCAGCAAUAACUACCGGAGAGAGAAUCAAGUUCGCGGCCGAAACUGCUGGGGGAAUGAAUCAUCUGCAUUCUAAGUAAAUUUAAGACAAUUCUAAACCUUUUUUAUGCAUUCGUUUAAACUUAAUGAUAUGGCUUUUUCAGAGACGUUGUUCACCGAGACUUGGCCGCUCGGAAUUGUUUGAUCAGCAAAACUGGAGUAGUCAAGAUUGGGGACUUUGGUCUUAGCAAAAUUGUUAGUGAUCUGGCUGGAGAAAAUCUGAAAAAUAUGCCGAUUCCACUGCGAUGGAUGGCACCAGAAACGCUGACCGAUAAACCACAAUUCUCCAAAGCUUCUGAUGUCUGGUGAGUUGGCUUGAAGCUUUGUAGCCUUUGUUAUAAUAACAUUUUUAAAAUUGGUACAGGGAACAAUGUAUAUUUCAGGGCAUAUGGUGUGCUUCUGUUUGAGAUCUUCAGCCAUGGCCAAAAGCCCUGGCCUGAUUGGGAGAACAAGCGGAUUGCCACUCAUAUCCGACGUAACCAGAUGAUUGACUUCCCUUCCACAGCUCCAGAUGAGGUCAGAAAAAUGGUCAAUGAAGGGCUUUGGCACAGGGAUCCGACAAAGAGGCUGGACUUCCAUAAUAUAACUCGACUGUUUAUCCAGAUCAGCAUUAAAUACCCAGCUCCAGUCUUGGAUAAGGUAUGAGACAGUGAAAUUGGUAAUUGAAACAUUGAGGUUCAAAGUUGUAUUACUUUUUGAUUGCAGCUAACCGUGAAUAACAUUCCUGAUGUCUGUGCCACGGGGAACGAAGAGCCCGCCUUUCUCUGUGAAACAGCCGAAGAUACUGCCGAUGGCGCUCCUCCCAUAACUACAAACAUUGAAUACGACGUCAAGCUUAAGAGAUUUGUGGAGAGCCCAACUCCCACGGACGAUCAGCAUAGCAACAAGAAGAAGUUGCAAAGGAAAUCAUCGCUCAAAAAGAGGAACCAGGUCACAGUCACAUGUGAAGUCACAGAGGAAAAAGUUACUCAGGGAUCCGAAGAAGAGAAAGUAAAAUCAACACCAGCACCGAAAGGAAGGAUUGGCAAAGGAAAGCAUAGGAAAUCGAUGGCAAAUACUCCACCAGUGAAACGAAUGUCAAACAAAAGUUGA